CCGAUUUCAAUUUUCGCCUCUAUGACUAACUUUGAUUUCCAUGGAUAGUAUUCGAAAACAAGCUAAAGGUGUGGUGAGGCGAAAUCGAUUCAACACAAAACAAAUCAGCAACCACCACCACCAUCCUUCCACCGUCGACGGCGCCGCCACCCGGUGGCAUCAACAGUUGGGUGUCUCUGUUCAGUGUUCACUCACGACGACACCACCACCUUCUUUCUCUCCGUGUCGACACCUUCGGGACUGAGGUUUUGCAAAAACCCCACGAUGAGAGGUUGGCAAAGUUGAAAACUUUUCUUGGUUUCAAUGGAGGACGCUGAAUUGGGUACCUCAAAAUCCUCCUCCCAGUUCCGAAUGCCUUUCCCUCCUUACCGUCGAUCACACUUACGCAGCCAAACUGUGCACACCCUCCAUCACAUUCUCUCCCACCUUUCUGCUGCUUCCACCGCCCCUACUAGCUCCCUCAAUACUCCUGAGAAUGGCGACGGUAGAAUGGGGCAAGAAAACGAGGAAAGGGAGCGUGAGUGCGCUGAAUUUGUUGCUUCUGAUUUAACGGAUCCCAAGGCUUCUGUAUCCCAGAAGGAAAUAUUGGAGGUUCAUGAGAACAUUGAAGGGAAUGGAGAUAGGGGAAAGGAUUUUAGUGCUAAUGAGAUGGUCCUAGAUGAUAUAGAACUUCUGUUGGGAAUGGAGGAAACUUCCACACAAGCAAAUGAUUUUAAUGACGAACAGAAGGUAAUGGCUGAGUUGGAGAUGGUUGUGAAUGGCAUUGAUGAUCUUGUUCAGGAUAUUGGUUUAAUCCCCUUGAACUCGGGGUUAGGUGAGAAACAGAAUGAUAGCAAUGAAGUUGAGCUGAUGGAUUACCAAGUAGAGCAUGUUGAAUUUCUACAUCCUGAUGUGGACACAUCUGGAAAUGCAAGUAAGUUGCAAGUAUCAGGUGAUAAUAAUCAACUUACCUCAGAAGGCUUUCAUCCACCUUUGAUUUUUCAUGCACCUGCAUCAACAGUUGUACAAGCCUCGCCAAUUAGUACAUCACGUUUCAAUAAUGGAAGUCAACAACAGGAAACAGAAUUGGUGGAAUCAGUUUGUGCUGUAGUGAACUCUCUCCCCAGUACUGAAGAGGGUGGUCAGUUUGAGAAGGAAGAACAUGAUGGUCUAGAGGUUGCUGAAGCAACACACAUUUCUUUAGAUCUAGAUAUGAACAACGAAGAACUGAAUAUCAGUGAAGAUGGUGGAUUAAUGGAUUCUACUAUUUUGGAGGGUAAACACGAAGUGCAGAAUGAAGGAGAGAAAUUAGAUGUAUUAACUAGUGUGAACAAUGUGACAAACUCUUCCAAUGUUCUUAUUGAAAAGGGAAAUGUAGAACAGGGAGAAAUUUAUGGGGAACAAGAAAUGCAGAAUGAAGGAGAGACAUUAGAAAGAUUAAUGAGUAUGAAAAAUGCCACAAGUCCUUCCAAUAUUCUGAUUGAAAAUGGAGAUAUGGAAGAGGGAGAAAUUUCAGGAGACUUUGAAAUGGAUGGCAAUUCAUUUGAUAUUUCUUCUGCUGACAUGCCGACUGAUUUAACUCAAAAUAAAGUCUUUCUCAAAGGUUUCUUGGAAGAAAGUCAAGAAACCACUGCCAAAGAACAUGGGAACUCAUCUGCAGUGAAGAUAGUCGGUGCUAGUAGAAAGAGAGAAGGUAGUUCUGAUUCUGAAGAGAAGAAAGAUAAAAAGAAGCAGAUGCCUGGUCCCGAUAGUAAGGAGAAGUGUGGCCCUGGUGCUGAUGAGGAGAAGAAAGAUAAAGAGAAGCAGCUGAGUGAUGCUAGUACGAAUAAAAAACGCGGUCCUAGUUCCAAGGAGAAGAAAGUUAGAAAAAAGAGAAAGAGGCAAGCAAAAAAGAACAGAGAACUAGGUGUGAAAAGGUUGAAGUUGCUUCCAGUACAGAAAGAGAAAGCUAUCUCAUAUUGCCGCCAUUAUCUCAACGGAAGGUGCAAUGAGGGCGACAAAUGCCAUUUUUCACAUGAUACGGUCCCGAAGACAAAAUCCAAGGCAUGUCAUCACUUUGCUCGUCACUCUUGCAUGAAAGGAGAUGAUUGCCCAUAUGAUCAUGAGCUCUCCAAGUAUCCUUGUAACAAUUUUGUUUCCAGCGGCUCUUGUUCGAGAGGUGAUACUUGUAUGUUUUCACACCAGGUACCUACCAACCAAGAUAUACCUACACCUUCAAAUGUUUGCAAACCACAGCCGGCAUCUCUGCUUAACAAUCACGGGUUUAAGUCUAUCCAGCAAAACCACUUGAAAAGAAUCAAUUCUCUCAUCAAUCCAGUCCAUCAUAUGGUGGCAGAUACGUCACAGAAACAGCCUACCCCAGCACCAAAAGGAAUUAGGUUCAUCAAUGCUGCAAAAUUAUCACCCAGCCCUAGCACACUGAAACAAGGCAUGUUGACACCAAACACGGAAAGUCUUGUUCAACAUGGGACCCUUGCAGAUCGAAGUGCAUCUGGCACUAGCACUACUCAAAGCAUAGUGGAAAUUUCUAAGAAAUUGCCUGCUGUGGCACCUAAGGGAAUUAAUUUUCUUUCAUUUGGCAAAGGUCCUGUCUGCAGUUUUAAAAGUUCCAUGAGCUUCCAUGUAAAUCGUGAAAAUGGUAUCAAGUUGCCUCAGGUUUUCAAUUUUGGUUUGCCCUACCAAGCAAGUCCGUCUAUAGAUAAGGAUGGCUCUGGCAAAGUUAGUGAUGGAACCAAAAAUGUACCACAAACUGAUCUGUCCUCAAAUGAGAUUUUAAACAAAGUUCUAUCUGUGGCAGAAGAAAUGAAAUCCAAGUUUCCAGGGAAAGCUUCAAAAGAUGAUUCUGCAAAGGAUAACAGCCGUAGUAAAUCAGUUCAAGAGGGAAAGAAGGUAUCUAAUAAUUCUUCAGAAUGCCUUGUAUCCGGGUAUCAUAAACUUGCAUCAAGGUCAAGUAAAAAGGCACUGUCAUCAACUUUAGCUUUUGCAGCGGAGCAUGAAUCAGAUAUUAAAAUGAAAUUAAUAGUUGGUGGUUCAUCUGUAUGAUUAAAGGAGAAUAGAUAAAACAGUAGCAGUUCGGACUUCAGUGUUUGAAAGAAUAUUCUGUGUUAAACUUAGAGGUUUCAGACCGUGAAGCUCUUGGUGAUUGGAAUCAAGCAAUAACCAGAGGGGUGUUAGUGCUUUGUUGUGCUGUAUAGUCUUUCAACAGCUAUCUUCUUUUUGUUUUCUUACAAGAUGAUUGCCAGGUAAUGCAUUCAUGCUGGUCUACAUGACAACAAAAUUGCAUAGGUGUUCAUAAAGUGGAUUUCUCCCUCUACAUUGCCACUCCUGCAAUAUCCGCAUUAUUUCUGAAAGUGAUUCAAAGUGAUUUGUUGAAUUUAAUUCUAUGGACCUAUCAUUAAUAUGCCUAUCCAAUCUUAUCCUCUGCUGCUUCCGCAGGCAUUUAAAACAAUGAUAGACUUCAAUAUAAGUAUGGAAGAAAUCCUGAUAAAGUUUGAAGCUUUAUACUGCAGAAAGAGGCAUUGGUCUUUCUGCUUCAUCCCCUGUAAUUAAUAUGAAUUUCGCAUUUUGUACCGCAUCUAUUGUGGUUUACAAUUGUUUAUCGAUCUUGAUUCAUUAAUUGUGCAUGCUUAGCAUCUUAGUUUUUUUUUUCCUUCUUUGCAAACCCAUAAAAUGAAGAAUCUCAUAUUGGUAUCA